CUUGCGCUGAACUGAGAGGCGUACAUCCACCAAGUCUUCCUUCGCACAUACACCACAUCGACUCCUCUGCGUCACAAAUGGAUCCAUUUGAAGUCAGGCUGCAGUUCAUAUCACUACUAAAGAAGCUCAACGCUUCUCAGCAGUCCAUCCAGAAGAUAGUCGGCUACGCGCUCAAACUGUGGGACUGUAUCGUGGAGGAAUGCCAAAAGGGCUCGAUUAACAACCGCAUCAACAUUCUCUACCUGCUCGAUUCAUUAUCUGAGGCAUCACUACUCGCAAAGUCGCAUCCCGGCUCUGUCAGCCACGACCCAAACCAACAACACGCGUCAUACUACGUGGACUACGUCGCUCGAGACUUGGGUCAAAUCGUGGAGUAUGUCGUCCCAGAGGGCCGACAGGGUCUCCCGAAUCUCAUGAGCACGAAACAGAUUCUCGAGAAUUGGCGGAGUAAGCGCGUGCUCGACCCGCAAAAAGUCGACGACGCUCUCGCCACACUCGAUUCACGACGAGAAGCGCUAGAGCAAGAUCAAGAACAGCAAUCCACGGAACCCUCUAAGCCCACAACUGCCCUUCCCCGUCAGGAGAUCUUCAAACGGAUAGAAGAGGACCGCGAGCGGCACAAGCGCCUCCGGGAGCGUCGCUGGGUGCAGCCAGUCGCACACAAUCCCCAUACGCACCUCCCGCCGCAGCUCGCCUGCUUCCUACCGCUCACGGACGACGGUGAUGGGGAGGGCGAGCUGACCCUGGAUAUCGAGUUCGAGAACGACUGGGAGGCGACCAGUGAUUGGAACGAGGAUGACGACGAGGCUGCGGUCGAAGAGAACCAGCUAUGCUUCCCGAACGAGGAUGGGGAGCCGAUGGACCUGUCGUGAUAGAGGUCAGUCGUGCGUCGUAACCGAUCGCCAAUGUAAAAUAUUUGUGUAUUCUAGCUCCAUUGCGGUUCUCGCUAUACCGUGCUGGUUUGGGGGCCUCAUGCCAGAGCGUUCACCAGGGUUUCGAGAACGAAUAUUGAUUUUAAUCAUCACACUCACCAUCACACGACCUACCUGCCU